AUGCAACUUCCAGUAGAUAAUCCACAGUCAACGCUGUUGACUCUACAUGAUGCCAUCACUGAUUCUCCAGUUUACCGGUCCACAACCCUUCAUUUCGACGACCAAUUGGAUUUGCUGGAAAAAUGGUUAGAGUCGUUGUCAAAGUAUAUGAAACUCUAUGUGGGUCAACUGAAUAAAUUCAACUUGGAAACCAACACAUUAUGUAAAAAAGUUAUUCCGGUCGGUAUUGAUGACUCCAUGAUAGACCCUAACUUUACUGGCGCUGUAAUCAAGAGCUUUUCAGAUGCUUUGCAAACGGGUUUAGCUUUCAAAACAAAAUUGGUGUCUGACCUCGAGGACAGCUUUAUUCAGCCCCUUCAGCUCUUUGUCAAGACACACUUGAAAGAUUUUAAAGACUUUAGAAAGCAGCACGAAAAGACAUUGGAACGAUACGAUGCACAACUGUACAAAUACACAGCACAGAGCAAAACCAAAGAAGCCUCGGCAGUAAGAGAGGAAGCAUUCAGGUUGUACGAAGCAAGAAAAUCUUAUGUGCGUAUGUCUGGGCAGCAUGUUGUACGUAUUUUGCAUUUCCGAUCUCUGUUGGAGCAUUUCCUUGUGGAGCGAUUUGCGUUGGCGUCCUCGUUUCAUCUCAAAGACUUUGAAGGAGGUUCUGAUUCUUGGUCAAAGUUGCAAUCCAAGUUGAUUUCCUGGAAGCAGUGGCUGCUGGAUGACAAAGAUACGUGCAACUACCAACUGGAUCAGCUGCAGUCGUCUCGCAUUACGCUGGAAACAAAGUUCUUGAACGUCGUGCGUCCUGCCCGAGACUUGGAAAAGUACAACAUCAAUGCAAACCAGCAAGCCAACAGCAGACACUCGCUGGAUUACUCGUCCGUCAUCAACAGCGCCAAUCAGCCGAGCCAUAAAUGGGGCUAUUUAUUCGCAAGAGGCGCACGAAAUUAUUGGAAUCGAAAGUGGUUCUUUUUGUAUGAUGGAUGCUUUGGCUCGUGCAAUGUGAAUGCCUCCAACAGACUGAAGGGAACAAUCACCAUGGGGGAGCGUGUUUCGGUCUUGCUGUGUGACAUCAAGCCUUUGAAUGAUGUGGAUCGACGAUACUGCUUUGAGGUCAUGUGUGCUCACCAGCCGCCCUUCAUUCUGCAGGCUGAGACGGAAGAGGACAUGCGUGAGUGGAUGGGCGCAUUUGAAAAAUCAAAGCGACUCAUGCUGCAAACUGAACAACUGGAUUAUAAAAGCGGAACUUCUACUACAACUACUGCCAUCAAUGCUUCGUCGGCCACGGAUACAGAUGCAACACUAUUGAACAACUCACCUCCCAAGGCCAAUUCAGCUGCCUUGACUGCCAAAGCAAAGCCUACCACCAUGCUAAACGAAUUGCCUGCCGUCUCGACCCAUAGUUCCUUGAUCGACACUGGAUUGGAAGGUUCAUCAGAACAGCAACAGGCAUUUCAAAAGCCUUCCAUUGUCAUGCUGUCUACUACUCCGGAGAACGACCAACAAUCAUUAAGUCAGUCUACCUCUCUCACUCCUUUGUUGGUAUGGGAAGCCUCGCGUGCCUCACUGAACACCUCACCGACUUUGCCCACAUCAACUCCUUCAUCUCCUGCCACACAAUCUUUUUCUGCAGCCGCUUUAUCCUUGGAUGCAGCGUUGACUGAGUCAGAUGAGGCGAAUCAGAAUACGAAUGGAACGAACGGCAACAGUGCAGUGAACACCGGUGCAACUGGUACAAGCUCGUCAUGGGGUAUUCCAUGGGCUUUGGUGCCUAGCAUGUUCCAAGGUGGCAGCACAGAUGAUAUUACCAGCGAAUUACCGCCUACUCCUGGUUCGCCUAAUGUACCAGCAGUAACAGAUGCAGAGGGACAUCAGAUCAUUUGGCCCACACGAGUAGAUGAUUCCAACGUCCCCAAGGUGGAGUUAUCAGGCUAUCCGUCUGAUUUAGAUGCUCGCAACAGAGAACUGAGACAUUUGUUUGGUGGUGUUGGUCCGUCUGAAGUUGUGUUGACCACCUUCAUUGGUUUAUUGAAAAAGAAGCCUUUGCAUGACACCAACGAGUCCAAGGAUGUGGAAACACCCGCCUCACCAACAGUUGCCAACAAUCCCGUCGAUUCAUUGGAACAAGAAUUCAACAGUCAGCUUCCUAGCACCAUCAAAGAGCCCUCGUCUUCGUAUGGUUAUUCUUACACUGGCCGUGGUUUCAUCACCCAAGAAACAUUUUGGUUCUACAGCUGUGUGCUUAUGAACUGCGUGAAUACAGUGGCUAUUCGAUUAUGUGAUAUCAAGACGAUUCGUUUGAUUCGUGAUCCUUCUGUUGCUAAUAUUGGCACCAGCUCAAAUCUAGCACUAGCAAUUGAUUUAGUCAGUAGUUCAGGCACAAACGAUGCUCAAAGCCCCUUGAUAUUCACGACAUUGAUGGAUGAUAUUGAAGUGGUUGCAGAAAAGCUCAAGUUUGCAGUGUCAAAUUCUAAAAGCGCAGAGCCUGAACCUCUUCAAACAAUCUACGAUGUCAUCCAUAGUCUGUCAGCAGUAGUCAACAAGAGCAAAGGCACAAAUCAAGUCAGAACCAUCAUCAAAUCAGCCACUGAUCCAAUUCGUUCUACAUCUGACAUCACUAGCAACAACUCGUCUACUGUAUCGCUCAACUCCCUCUCCUCUGCUAGCAGCACACUCCUGGAUCCCAAUGUCUCACCUCUACCCAGUCGAUCCAGUGACCCUAAAAAGAAGACACCAAAGACACCUCGCAAGUACUCUGCUCCCGUCCAGCCUAAAUCUGGAGCAUUAGCAGCAGCCAUGAUGGCCGCCACUGUCGCUGGUGGAAGUGGUUUCCUGGAUGCCAGAAAGGGAAUUCAAGAAGAAUCACGCGGUCUACUUAGAAACAAGCGAUCCAAAGCUACCCUACAAUCAGAAGAGAGCGACAUUCCUCCUGUGCCCGUACCAAGCUCUAGCUUGGCUUCCUCUGCUUCAUCCAUGGUGAACGUUCCCUCCAAGCUAGCAGACAGCACCACUCUGAAGGACGUUACUGCAACAGAGGUACCUGAGGCUCCCAAAGUCAACGAUCCUCAUGCUGUGCCAAAUGAUUUCAGCCACCCAUCUGGACCUGUGAGCUGUGGAUGUGAUAACCACCUGGAUAAACUGGAAGCAGAAAUUGAAGUACCCAUAUCAGCAAAGCAUUUGUUUUACAUCAUGUUCGCAGAGGAGAACCCUCAUGCUAUUGAUAUCUGGGAGAAGAAGACGGUGGAGAACAAGAGCAAAGAUCUUACCAUGACACCAUGGCAAACUGUCGACGAUAAAAAGGAGCGUACACUCAAGUACAUUAUACCUGUCAAUAAUGCCAUGGUCAAGUUAAAGGAAGCUGAGGUCGUGGAAAAGCAAGUGAUCGAAAAGAAGGAUGAUUAUUUACGCUACGUCGUUUUGACAUCUACAAAGACUGCUCAACUGCCUUAUGCCGACGCAUUUGUGCCCUAUGUCAAAUACUGUAUCACUUGGGUGACCCACGAUCAUUGUAAACUCGCUUGCCACACUGGCGUCAAAUUCUUAAAGAACAUUCUAGUCAAGGGCAUGGUCAGUAAGGCUGCCUCAAAGGGCAUGGCUGAAAACCUGAGCGUGUUUAUGCCGAUUGUCAAGCAAGAGGCUAGCAAGCAUACGCAUAGAAAGAGAAGCGGUAGUAAGGAAAAGGCGGAUCAAGUGUCACUGAAGCGUAUGGGCACCAUCAAACGACUCACUGCCAAGGACGCAUCCGAGUUGACAGAAAAGGUCAACAAGGAAGAGCCCUCUGCUGGUGGAUGGUACGGUGAACUGAAGAAAUGGGUGACCAUGAUUCAAGAUUUGGCUGAAGUUGUGCCAUUUGCUGUCAAGGUGGGCAUUGCCGUUGUCAUCUUGCUAUGGUUUAUGUUUAGUUGGCUUCGUGCUGGUUCACGGCAGCAGUCGGUAGUGCCCAAGUCAUCAUCGGAACAAAGCCCACAAGUUGUAUCUCGCGCCGUGUAUCUGCGCGACAUCAAUGAAGGAUUGUUGAAUGUUGAAUAUGAGCCUGCUUACGGGCAUUCAGAAAGCUUCCGAUCAUUCCUUGAAUCUAAAUCAGGCAACCGUACAUUAGGGGCACAUCCUCACCGCUGGUACAGCUCUCAUCACCAUCAAUUUGCUAUCGAGCUUUUAUUCAGCAGAGAGCGCUUGGCCAUGCUUCGUCAUGAUACCUUAGUUUUGUUCCAACUUGUCAAUGAAGUGGAUGCCCAGCUAUUGGAAAACGAAUAUACAAACUGGCUGAUGGAUACAAGACUUCAGUGCCGUGCACCAGAUGCUGAUUACGAUGGGCUUCAUUGCGAUGAUGUGAAACGUCAAUUGAGAUCAUUUCCCAUAGGCACUUAUCAGAAAAAGUCUAAAUAA